AUGAAGCGGCAAAACGUGCGGACCUUGGCCCUCAUCAUCUGCACCUUCACCUACCUGCUGGUGGGCGCCGCCGUCUUCGACGCGCUGGAGUCGGAGGAGGAGACCUCGGAGCGGCGGCGGCUGGAGGAGAAGCAGCUGGAGCUGAAGAGCAAAUACAACCUGAGCAGCGCCAGCUACAAGGAGCUGGAGUGGGUGGUGCUCAAGCUGAAGCCCCACAAGGCCGGCGUGCAGUGGAAAUUCGCCGGCUCCUUCUACUUCGCCAUCACCGUCAUCACCACCAUCGGGUACGGCCAUGCGGCCCCAAGCACGGAUGGUGGGAAAGUCUUCUGCAUGUUCUACGCCCUGCUGGGGAUCCCACUCACACUCGUCAUGUUCCAGAGCCUGGGUGAGAGGAUCAACACCUUUGUCAAAUACCUUCUGCACCGCAUCAAGAAGUGCCUUGGCAUGAGACGGACAGAGGUGUCCAUGGCCAACAUGGUCACCAUUGGGUUCUUCUCCUGCAUCAGCACCCUGUGCAUUGGGGCCGCGGCGUUUUCCUACUACGAGCACUGGAGCUUCUUCCACGCCUACUACUACUGUUUCAUUACCCUCACCACCAUCGGCUUUGGGGACUACGUGGCGCUCCAGAAGGAUGAGGCGCUGCAGACCAAACCCCAGUACGUGGCCUUCAGCUUCGUCUACAUCCUGACGGGGCUGACCGUCAUUGGGGCCUUCCUCAACCUGGUGGUGCUGCGCUUCAUGACCAUGAAUGCCGAGGAUGAGAAGCGGGAUGCCGAGCACCGAGCACUGCUCACCCACAACGGACAGGCCAGCAGCGUGCACACCACAGACACCACCUCGUCUACCACCGCGGUGGGCGGGUGCGGCGGGGGAGGGGGCGGGGGCGGAUUCCGCAACGUCUACGCGGAGGUGCUCCACUUCCAGUCCAUGUGCUCGUGUCUGUGGUACAAGAGCCGGGAGAAGCUGCAGUACUCCAUCCCUAUGAUCAUCCCCAGGGACCUGUCCACCUCGGACACGUGCGUGGAGCAGAGCCACUCCUCGCCUAGCCGCUACCCCGACACCCCAUCCAACAGAUGCUUCUGCAACGCCCAGCGCUCGGCCAUCAGCUCUGUCUCCACGGGACUCCACAGCCUCUCGGCCUUGCACGGCUUCAUGAAGCGCCGCAGCUCUGUGUAA